GCUAACACCUAUGUUUCAAUCUGUGUUAUUCAAAAGACGUUACCGAAGGCACACCAUUUUAACUUCCUUUCCGGAAAAUAAAAUAAACACUAGGAGAGUCAAGUCGACUGAAUAUUAAGGAUAUUUUCGAUAUUCAUCUAAAGUCUUGGCAUUAGUCCUUGGGUUUUAUUGCGGAAUUAUUUAUUAUGGAGUAUACACGACAGCCGUGUCCGAUCAGGAUUGUUGAGGAUUGCGGAUGCGGAUAUAUGAUUGGCUCGGUUGGAGGAGCAAUGUUCCAGUACCUAAAGGGAUUCCGGAACUCACCGUCCGGACUGGCGCGGGGCCUGUAUAACGGAUUGGAAUCCGUCAAAAUUCGUACUCCGGGCAUCGCCGGAAGCUUUGCUCUCUGGGGAGCCACCUACAGCACGGUGGACUGUGCCGUGUCCCACCUUCGCCAGCGCGACGAUUCCUGGAACUCUAUUGUAAGCGGCGCAGUUACUGGUGGCAUUGUAGCCGCUCGGAGGGGGAUUUUUUCCAUGGCCAAUGGAGCCUUCUCAGGCUGUCUACUCCUGGCCAUGUUGGAGGGAGCUGGCGCCGCUGUGGCAACCAUCUAUGCCGACGCUGACCAGACGCUGGAGCCCAAGCGUCCUCAGUGGGAGGAGGCUCUAGAAUCCCAUGCCCCGGACUUUGGCUUGGCGGAGUUCGAUCGUGUGUUGGAUAAGUGUCGCCUAACUUUCAAAUAUCCAAACCAGACGGUUCAGAAUCUCGAACCAUCUCAGUCUCUGGUGGAGAUAGUCAAGCUGGCCGAUGUUUUCUAGGCCAAGUUACUGACGUUUUAAAAAUAUUUUUCAAAAAUCUGGCAUCCUCUUGGUGCCUUUUUCUAAAUUUUCAUGUAUUUUUUGAGGUUAUCCGUAAUCCUUAUCCGAUUUUCUCAUAUUAUAUAUAGAUGUACUUUAAGACCUAUUGUCAUAUUUUGUACGUCUAACAAUAAAUUGGAGCCUCCAUUUAGACUGAAA